AUGCCAAGCAGAUCAGCUUCAUUGAGUUUGCUUAGAAAAUAUGAAUAUAUUGCUUCUGGACAAAUUGGUUUAUGUCGAAAAUCUAUGCUUACACGUGAAACUCUACAACGUCCUAAACUUGGUGAGCCUUUAACACGUGGACGACCUAAACAACCAAAAGAUUUUACUUAUGGUAAUUUAACUAAGUUGUAUCCGAACGAAAUCGUUGAAUGCUUAACUUGGCCAAGAGAUGAAGGCACUAAAACUCAUGUUGAUUCCAACUGUCUACCUAGAGAUUUCCACCGAAUCAACAUAGAAUCCGUUAAAGAAGGCAUCCAUCUUGUACCUGAUUGGAUUAGAUUUGCAAAUGAGAAAGAUUAUCGUUUGAAUCCUACAAAACGUGUAUUACGACGCUUAAAAAAGCCUAAAUUCCCUCAAGAUAUGUCUUUUGGUAAACCGUAUCGUCCAUUGACACCAAUGGCUUCUAUAAUGUCUCAUGAGUAUAAAACUCUAUGGGAUCAACAAGCUCUGGAGCAUAAUAAAAAUCGUAUGACUCAAUUGGCUAGAUCACAAUUGAUAUACUGCACCCAUUAG